AUGGCUUUGACUAAUGAAGACGAUUCAAAUCGUAUAUUUUUACCUCACCAUGCUGUAAUCCGGGAAGAUAAAGAUACCACAAAGCUAAGAGUGGUAUUUGACGCUUCCGCAAGAGGUUCCAAGGGACAAUCACUAAACGAUACACUGCUAACCGGACCUGUAAUACAAGAUGAUUUACGAACUUUGAUAACUAAAUGGCGACAGCAUAAAAUAGCAUUAAUAAGUGAUAUAACAAAAAUGUACAGACAAAUUUUAGUGCAGAAGAAAGAUACAUACUACCAAUGUAUUGUAUGGAGAGACAACCCUAAUGAAAAUUGUAGAUUCUAUAGAUUGCUAACUGUUACAUUUGGAACUGCAUGCGCUCCGUACCUGGCGGUUAGAACUUUAGUUAAGGUAGCUGAUGAUGAAAGUGACAAAUAUCCUGAAGCUGCAGAAAUUGUUAAGACGUCAUUUUAUAUGGAUGAUCUGAUGACAGGUGCUAACACUGAAAAACAGGCUAUAGCAAUCUAUGAACAAGUCAACAAGCUAUUAGAAAGCGCUGGUUUCAUACUGCAGAAAUGGUCUAGUAAUUCAGAAAAUUUGUUACAAAUAAUACAGCAAAACAAGGAAACAUACAACCAUUCGAGAUAA